AUGUCGUCUUCACCUCCACCGGCUUAUCCUGGUAACGAGAAAAGUAGCGACAUCACACUGAAGGAUAACACCAUCGUUGCUGAUAAGGUUCCUGUUGCCGACUUCACUAAUCCUACACCUGUAACAAGCAUUCCAUCUGUCAACUCAAACAUUGAAAUGAAUACAUUGCCUUCCACUGGAGCCAUACUUGGUGGAACUCUACCGUACGCAACUGCACCGAACACACCAAUUCCUAAGCGUGAUCAGGUGAACAUGCCAAGCUCAGCCCAGUCAGCACCAGCACUCAAUAAUAUUGGUGGAGGCCAAUCCGCUGGUGGAACACAAUGUAUGACAUCACCACAAGCGAUGCCUAUGACUUACACUGCUCCCAUGGUCAUGCCUGGAAUGGCGACUUACUCUGGCCCAAUGCCAGUGCAUCCAAUGUUUGCCCAGUCAGCAGCGAUGGGACUAGCUCCACCACUACAACCUCAAGCGAUGGGCACAAAUCCCAAUCAGAACGGUACGAAACGAUUACAAUAUAUGCAGUUAUAG